AUGUCUAACCAUUCAUCAUCACAACAGAAAAAGAUGAGCCACGACGACGAUGAGACAACACCGGAACUCGACUUGAAGCUCAACCUAUCACCGCCAGGGACCACUGCAACUACUCCUUCGCCGCCGCAGCCGCCUCUCGGAUCACCUUCUUCUUCUUCUUCUGUAGAGCGAUCGGGAUCGCCGUCGUGGUCGUGCGUGUCUCGGGAGUUGAGCCCCGCGGCGGAGGACAUCAACGCCGGCGAGGUCCCCAUGAUGCUGGUUGGCUGCCCUCGGUGCCUAAUGUAUGUUAUGGUGGCAGAGACGACUACUCCAAAGUGCCCCCAGUGCAACAACACUGAUUUGCUUGAUUUUUAA